ACUCUGCCUGGCUUCUGUCUUAACAAACCUCCUCUGUGUGCUCCCCCAUGACUGUGCUGCGUCUCCAGUAAUGCACGUUUAUCAUAUUUUUAGUUUUUGCCUCCUUGAGAAAUGCAUUUUUUACUGGGGGCAAGAACCAGGAAAACCUUGUUUCUAGUUUCUAGCCACUGGUGGACUAGAGAUUAAGAUUCCUGGUUUUUUACCCAGGCCACCCGGGUCCAAUUCCUGGGCAGAGAACUAAGCCACUCCUCAUGGUUGUCUCUCUCCGAGAUCAUUGAUGCUGAAGCCUGGGAUUUCAAGGGACUCCCCUAUUCGGUUCUUGGAGAUGUCUCAGCUCCAGCCCUGCACGGCUUAACCUCAGCCUCCCAGACUGACCCAGUGCUCCAGGCUCUGCUCCAAGGAUCCACAGAUCGUAGCCUCGUGACCUCCCUCUAGGAUGCUACUUCAGGAUGCUCACCAAUUUGGUCAGAAGCUGCUGCGCAGGCGGCCGCUGGGGCCCAGAGAGGAGACUGACCAUCACACGGCUGGUUGUCUGAACACCCUAGACCUGGUGAUCAUAGGCGUGCGCAGGAUGUUGGGAGCUGGUGUGCACAUCCUGGUUGGAGCAGUGGCCAAGUACAUUGCUGGACCAGCGAUCAUCCUCUCCUUCCUGGUGGCCGCCCUGUCUUCUCUGUUGUCUGGGAUCUGCUAUAUAGAAUUUGGGGCCCGUGUACCACGCUCUGGUUCUAUGUAUCUCUACAGCUAUAGCAUCAUGGGUCAGGUGUAUGGCUUCAUCAUCGGCUGGAAUCGCAUACUGUCCUUAACUGUUGGCACUGCCUGUAUAGCCCGGGCCUGGAGCUACACCUUCGACAGCCUGAUUGGGAACCACAUCUCUCAGGCGUUAGAGAGAACUUUCUCCUUGUAUAUGCCCUACUACCUGGCCAAGUACCCAGACUUUUUCGCCCUGGGCCUGGUGCUGCUGCUCACGGGACUACUGGUUCUGGGAGUUCAUGUGUUACCCCAGGUUAACAAAGUGUUCAUGGGCAUCAACCUUUUGGUUCUCAGCUUCAUCAUCGUCUCUGGCUUCAUUACGGGAGACCUGCACAACUGGAAGCUCACAGAACAGGACUACGCAUUGAACACCUCUGAAUCCAAAGACAUUUAUAGCUUGGGCCCUCUGGGUUCCGGAGGGUUUGUGCCUUUCGGCCUUGAUGGGAUUCUCCGAGGAGCAGCUUUAUGUUUCUACAUGUUCAUUGGUUUUGAUUCCAUUGUCACUACAGGGGAAAAAGCCCAAAAUCCUCAGCGGUCCAUCCCCAUCAGCAUCGUGGUCUCAGUCUUGAUCUGCUUUGUGGUGUACUUUGGUGUCUCAGCAGCUCUCACCCUCAUGGUGCCCUACUACCAAAUUCACCCUGACAGCCCCUUUCUACAGGCUUUUCUCCAUGUUGGGUGGGGCCCUGCCAGAUAUGUCGUGGCUGUUGGCAUCCUCUGUGCUCUUUCAUCCAGCCUCCUGAACACCAUGUUUGCCAUGUCUUGGUUGAUCUACACAAUGGCAGAGGACAGGCUUCUUUUCCGAUUUCUUGCCCAAGUCAAUGCCCGUACACGUACCCACAUCAGGGUCAUCAUGAUUUCUGGAAACCUUGCAGGGGUCUUAGCGUUACUCUUCCAUUUCAGUGAUUUGAUGGAUCUCAUGUCACUUCGGUCCCUGCUUGCUAACUUGGUGGUCGAUUUUUCUGUCCUUGUGCUCAGGUAUCACUCAGACCAGAAUUUAAGCAAGAACCAAAAAACAGAGGAAGAAACUGAGAUGGAGCUUGUAGUCCAAGAAAGGUCUUUGGACUCUGUACUUGAAGCCAGCAACUUAAGUUUUCUAAAGAGUCUGUGGUUCCCUCCCAGCACCAUCCCCACCCGGAAAUCUGGCCAGAUUGUCUAUGGAUGUGCCUUCCUGCUUGUUCUCCUGCUGAUUAUCCUCAGCCUGAUCCUGGCCCAGAGGCCCAGCCAGGUGUUCUCUGGAGACCCCGUGCUCACAGCAGUGGCUGUGCUGCUGCUGCUGCUCAUCACUGGGGUCACGGCCAUCAUCUGGAGGCAGCCCCAGGACCCCACUGCUCUUCACUUCAAGGUCCCUGCUCUGCCUUUCCUCCCACUGGUGAGCAUCUUUGUGAACAUUUACCUGAUGAUGUGCAUGAGCACUUGGACCUGGGUCCUAUUUGGCAUCUGGAUGGUUAUUGGAUUUGCCAUAUACUUUGGAUAUGGGAUCCGACACAGCUUAGAGGAGGACACUGAGCAACACGCCAGCCUCCACCUCCCAAAUGCUGGACAAAAACAUCCCUGAUGCUGAGUCAUCUUAACCACAGGAGAGAGAUGCCGCGCGGAAUCCCUCCAUGCCCUGGAGGAUCUGCUGGUUCGAGGGGCACUGUGAGCCUCUAUGAACGGUGAAGGUGGAAUGCAUUUACAGCCGUGUAUUUAUUGCCAGUGGACAAAGUGACUUUAAUGUUGCAAAUGCUGAAGGAAGCAUUUAAAAGCAUAAUCAGUUCAGUUCAGUCACUCAGUCAUGUCUGAUUCUUUGCGACCCCAUGAAUCGCAGUACGCUAGGCCUCCCUGUCCAUCACCAACUCCCGGAGUUCACUCAAAUUCAUGUACAUCAAGUCGGGUAAUAGACAUCCAGAAAAGAGAAUUUUCAUGAAAAAUGUACAGAAAUGUAACCAGAAACCAGAGGAAGAAAUAAAAUAUUAACUUGCACAUAA